UUAAAAUUUAGUACAAGUUUAAAAAAAAUUUUUUAUAUCAUAACAAAUAUAAAAUUAACCAAUUUAUAGGGAAAAGAGGAAGUAAAGAAGAUGAAAACUAUAGCUCAAGAGAGAAAAUACUUUCCACUUAAAGCAAGAAGAAAUUAUCUACUUUUGAACGAACGUUCGCAGCUGUCACAAUUUCAAAAAUAAGUAAUAUGGGAAAUAUAAAUAGAAUAUCCAAUAUACGUAUGUUGCGAUACAAGAAAUUAUGAUUUCCGUUAUUAUUUUUAUUAUUAAUCAGUUAUAAAUACAAAACAAACAUGCCUUCAAAGUAUGGACUUUUAUUGCUGCUUGUUUGCAUAGGAUGUGUUUUGUUAUUUAUUACAUUCAUAGAGAAAAGUUUAUGGUUAAAGAGAGAGAUUCCGAAAAUAAAUCUAAUACAGCUUGAAACAAUAUAUGAAGUAACUGAUACAUCAGAAAUUUCUAGAAUCAUAAUUGAGCCACCAUGCAAUGCUACUUUUGUGAUAUGGAUUGUCACAUCUUAUGCGGGUGAGCCUUCACCAAGGAGUGCUUUACGGCGAGCUUAUACAGAUGAAGAGUUGCAGGCUUUAGGAAUCAGAAGAAUAUUUUUACUCGGUACAUUAAAUGAUUAUGCCGAAAGAAAGACACAUAUGCUGCAAAAUGCAUUGUUGGACGAGUCACGACGAUUCAAUGACUUACUUCAGGGAGAUUUUUUAGACACUUAUAGAAAUUUAACUCGCAAGCACCUGAUGGGCCUUCAGUGGGCAGCAAAUAAUUGCAAAGAUGUUAAAUAUAUUAUGAAAAUGGACGAUGAUAUUAUUGUAAAUAUAUAUGACAUAUUAGAGAAAUUACACUCGGGUAUGAUAGAAAAGAAUACUUUGACUGGUUAUAUUAUGAAGAAUAUGAUUCCUGUUCGAGAACCAGCCAACAAAUGGUAUGUGAGUAAGGCGGAAUAUGCGGAUAAUAUUUAUCCUGACUUUGUCUCUGGCUGGCUGUACAUCAUGCAUCUGCAAAUAGCAAGUCGACUGAUUGAUUAUGCCAUAUCUUCCCAUGAUUACUUUUGGAUAGACGAUGUGUUUGUCACUGGUAUCCUCAGACAAACUCUAAACAUAAAAAUUCAAAAUAUCAGUGAGUUAUAUACGACAGAUUAUAGAUAUUUGGAAUGUUGUAUAAAGGGAAAAGCAAAUCUACUAAAAUGCGAAUUCUUGGUUGGUCCUAAUGGCGGCGAUACAGAGUUGCAAGUAAGAUUCAAGGAAUUUGCCAAAUUUUGCCAUACAAAUUGUUCUAUCCGUAAGAAGAGUAAUCUUGUUGGUAAGACCUGCGUGGUGACGUACAAGGAGCCAAAAUUAUACAAAGGUGCUGUGCAAAUAAGUCCAGUCAGAAUUUUAUAAAGAAAUAAUGGAGGAAAGGGUAGGUAGAAUGAGAUUAA